AAUCUGAAUUAAAAAUUUUUCGAUGGUCCCUGAAACCAUAUAGUAUAUACAAUACAUGAUUUGUCCCGUUGACCUUUUCCCCCGGUAAGUCAAUUAUCUCUUUGGGGACUAAAUUUUCAGACAGUUAAAUGGGUAUAUUCCCCGGAUUUGGUGCCUGGAUCAGUGAGAACACACAACACCCUACAAAAUCUGAAAAAAAUGUUAAAUCCAAGCCAAUGACACAGGCAAAAACUCACGAGGAGAGAGAUGAGACGAAGGAGCAAUUAAAACUAUGGAGAGAUGCAAAUAAGAAGGAGCAAUAUCAUGAACCUCCUCCUACCGUGAAGGUGCGUACACACCAUAGUUCUGGCCUUUCCGAUAUGAAAAUGGAAUUUACGUUAGGAUUGCCACCUCAAGUAGCUUACGACGUUUUAACUAAUCCAGACAACAUAACAUACUCCAGAGAAAUCAAAGGCCGCCCACUUCUGAAAGCCGUAUCAAGAAAAGUUAUACCAGAGAAGGAUGAAGAUUAUCAAGGGAGUAUGGUGGACGUGGAGGUUGAGAACGAGUUGUCAUGGAACUUCCUUUUCUUGUCAGGAACUAUCCCAAUACGUCUAAAUGUCCUCGAAGACCCAAAAACACUUUAUGUACACUAUCUGAAACAGCAAAAUGGAAUAAGGUUAAUGGAAAAUUUCGAGGGUAGGUUUACAGUGGAGCCAGUGUAUGUUGAUGCAGAACGCUUGUGCAAGCACAGGAAGCCAAAGAGUCGAGAAGAAUACAGAAAAUGUAGUGGUGGAAAAGGAUUAAUUGCGUCCAAGAUUAAAGUGAACCAGACUUUUAGGCCUGCUUCUCCUUGGGAUCUGCCACUAGUGUCUUCGUACGUUCGCCGGUUCACUGUCGAGACCACUAAGAAAGUGGCUGAAGAUUUUCAAAUGCGGGCUGGCGAUAUCCGAGGUUUUUGAAAUGCACCAAAAUCACAUUAUUAUAAAUUCGAAUAGCAUAAUUUUUAAAGUUUAAAAUUUCGUUAUUUUCACCAAACAAUGUAAGUAUAACAAGUGAGCAUGUUUAAUUUGUCGUCUCCUAUACUUUUCUGGCUAUCAUAUGGCUUGUUUUUAACCACAAUAUGGCAUGUCUGAAUAUAUAUA